UGACAGAGACGACGACGACGGCCAUGUUUGCAGCGCCAGCAGAGAUCAAGCCGUGAAAGAUAAGAAGCGGUCUCCCCCUUCCAGCAGACCCCCCGUUGGCCCACAACGCAACCCUCACCACUGCGCCUCUGCAGAGGAACACGACAGUCCCGAGAGAGCGGAGCAAAAGGAGAAGCUCCAUGCAGAGUUGAAGCAGGUGCUGAGUCAAAAGAGAAGUCAACUGAGAGUGUCCACCUGCCGACUGACCCAACCGGAAAUGGACCGGGAACCUUCUAUCGAGCAGACAGAGCAGAGCACGCUGGAAGCCGCCGAGCCUCCGGUGGAAAUUGUGGUGGAGACGGAGGCGGAGGCUGGAGCUAGCGGCUACAGCGUGACCGGCGGCGGAGAGCGAGGCAUCUUCAUCAAAGACGUCCUCAAAGACUCGCCGGCCGCCAAACAUCUCAGCCUGCAACAAGGUGACCAGCUGCUCAGCGCCAAGGUCUACUUCGACAACGUGCGCUAUGAAGACGCUCUGAAGAUCCUCCAGUGCGCCGAGCCCUACAAAGUAAGCUUCCUGGUCAAGAGGACUGUCCACGGGGAGGAGGUCUGCGUGCGGCCCCGCCUGCCCAGUGUGGACGUCAAAGGCCCCAAGGCCAAGAUGGCCAAAAUGAGCGUGAAGGCCAUCAAGCCGUUCAAGGCGAAGAAGAAGCGAGGCGGUCGCUUCGGUCUGAAGAGGCUAAAAGAGAAGCGGCGCGAGGAGCUGGUGAUCGAGGGAACGCCACCCCGGCUGGAAAUGAGCAAUGUGGACGUGGAAUUUUGCCUCCCCAAGUUCAAACACGGGCGGAGCGGCCACCUGGAGGCAGAAGGGGGCACUGCGGUGAAGGCAAAGAGGAAAAUCAGGUUUCCUCGGAUGAAGACAAAAGGUGAAAAUGGAGGAAAAGAGGAAAGCAGAGGAAUGGAAGCAAAGGUGAAGGUGUCCCCGGCUGAGAUUCCCAGAGCCAAAGUAAAAACCAAAGGAAAAGCCCCCAAGUUUGGAAUCAACUUCCCCAAGAGCAAGGACGCUAAGUCGGGAUCCGUGGAGCUGAAGAAGCCGGACGUAAAUAUCCCAUCGCCAUCUUUGGAGUUCAGUUUCCCUGCUGGGAAAGGCGUGGAUGUGGAGAUGGAGGGAGUAUCGUUGAAUUCCCCGGAUGUGAAGUUUGCCCUCCCCUCUGGAAAAGCACACACGUCUUUACCAGCAGGUAAGGGAAAAGUGGAAAUAAAAGCUCCGAAACUUGAAGUAAGAGGGAGCGAUGCCGAAGUCACUACGGGAAACGUUGACAUUGAAACAGGCAAAGGCGAUGGAAAACUGCGAAUGCCAAAGUUGAAAUUUCCCAAAAUGAGACUCUCACGUCAUUCGGAUGAGAUCGAUGAUGACAAAAUGAAGGUCAAAGCAGAAGGAGACAUCGGCUUUCCAACUGUGGAAAUGAAAGGAGGAAGUGGUAUUGUUCUCCCUGAAGCACAUGUCACCAAAGGAAGCAUCUCAGGAAAUGUUCCAUCCAUUCAAAUGCCUUCUGUUGACAUCUCUUUACCCAAAGUCAAAGGAACAUCAGGCAUGGAGGUAAAGACACCAACGAAGAAGCCUGGAAUAGAGUGUCCUGUGCCGGACGUGGAGCUGCAUGUUGGCAGAAUUCCUGAUGAGGUGGAGGGCACAUUUAAAGGACCAGAAAUGUCCAUGCCUGCACUUGAUAUCUCUUUACCAAAGAUAAAAUCCUCUGAUCUGGAUGCUGAAGGUAGAGGAAGUGGAGAGAAAUUCCGUCUUCCUUCCGUUGAGGUUGGAAUAGACAUGAGCCAUUACAUGGGUGGAGAUGGGAAGUUCACCUUACCGAAUUUGAAUGUAUCCCAAUUACAAAAAGUUGAUCUGAAACGACCAGAUGUUGAAGGAGGAUUAAAGUUACCCAGUGUGGACCUGAUGCUUCUCAAAGGCAAAGACGUGGACCUGGAUCUGCCGGAACUCAUGGGAGGGAAGUUGGAAAGGCCAGAUAUUGAUGUUUCAAUUCACAAAGGAAAACUUGAAGGUGGUGUUGAGCUUGACGGCCCCGACAUCAAAGGAGGAAAGUUGAAAAUGCCAACGUUUGAUGUUUCUUUACCAAAGAUCAAUCUUCCAGAGGGUGGUGUCAAACUAAAAGGCCCAGAAUUCAAGGGAGGGAAGAUGGAAAUUGCAGACAGUGGUGUCUCACUUUCCAAGGCUGAGUCAGAUUUUGACAUUGAAGGCCCUGAGAUAAAAGGAGGAAAGUUCAAAAUGCCAACAUUUGAUGUUUCUUUACCGAAGGUUAAUCUUCCAGAGGGGGGUGUCAAACUAAAAGAUCCAAAACUCAGGGGUGGGAAGAUGGAACUGCCAGACCUUGAUGUCUCACUUUCCAAAGGAAGAUUUGAAGGUGGCGUUGAGGUUGAAGGCCCCGACGUCAAAGGACGAAAGUUCAAAAUGCCAACGUUUGAUGUUUCUUUACCAAAAGGCAGUCUUCCAGAGGGUGGUGUCAAACUAAAAGGUCCAGAACGCAAAGGAAAGGUAGAAAUUCCAGACGUUGAUGUCUCAAUUCCAAACGUUGAGGGACAUUUUGACAUUGAAGGUGCUGAUCUAAAAGGAGGAAAGUUAAAAAUACCAACAUUUGAUGUUUCUUUGCCAAAAGUCAAUCUUCCAGAGGGUGGUGUCAAACUAAAAGGCCCAGAAUUCAAAGGAGGGAAGAUGGAAAUUGUAGACAUCGGUGUCUCACCUUCCAAGGCCGAGGCAGAUUUUGACAUUGAAGGCCCUGACAUAAAAGGAGGAAAGUUCAAAAUGCCAACAUUUGAUGUUUCUUUACCCAAAGUACAUUUUCCAGAGGGUGGUGUUAAAGUAACAGGUCCAGAACUCAAGGGAGGAAAGAUGGAAAUGCCAGACAUCGAUGUCUCACUUCCCAAAGGACAAUUUGAAGGUGGCAUUGAGCUUGAAGGCCCUAAUGUCAAAGGAGGAAAGUUCAAAAUACCUACAUUAGCUGUUUCCUUACCAAAAGUCAAUCUUACAGAGGGUGGUAUCAAACUAAAAGGUCCACAACUCAAUAGAGGGAAGAUGAAAUUUCCAGACGUUGAUCUCUCACUUCCGGGAGGAAAAUCUGAAGGUGGUGUUGAGCUUGAAGGCCCUGACGUCAAAGGAGGAAACUUCAAAAUGCCAACGUUGGAUGUUUCCUUACCAAAAGUAAACAUCCAAAAGUUUGAUCUCAAUGUGGAAACACCAGAUAUAAAAGGAAAAACUGAAAUGCCAUGUGUGGAUAUUUCGGUUCCAAAAGGAAAAGUUGAAGGUGACCUGAAUCUUGAAGGCCCUGAUGUCAAGGGAGGAAAGUUCAAAGUGCCAACAUUUGAUGUUUCUUUACCAAAAGUCAAUCUUCCAGAGGGUGGUGUCAAAUUAAAAGGCACAGACCUGAAGGGAGGAAAAAUUGAAAUUCCAGACGUCAAUGUCUCACUUCCAAAGGUUGAGGGAGAUUUCAACAUUGAAGGCCAUGAUGUCAAAGGAGGAAAAUAUAAAGUACCAAAAUUUGAUGUUUCUUUACCAAAAGUAAAUAUUCCAGAGGGCAAUGUCAAACUAAAAGGUCCAGAACUUGAGGGACGGAAGAUUGAGAUGCCAGACUUAGAUAUUUCAUUCCCUAAAGGAAAAACAGAAGGAAAACUAGGACUUGAAGGGCAUGUUGGGAAAGGAGGAAAGUUCCAUAUGCCCUCUGUUGAUCUUUCUCUUCCUAAAAUGAAAACAAAAGGUCCAGAGAUCAAUAUUGAAGGUCCUGAAUUUAAAGGUGGAAGAUUUACCGCCCCAACUGUGGAUGUUUCCCCUCCCAAAAUUGAAGGUCACCAGGAUCUUGAAGGCCCUGAUAUUAAAGGAGGAAAGUUUAAAAUGCCAACAAUAGAUGUUUCGCUACCAAAAGUCAAUCUUCCAGAGGGUGGUGGUAAAAUAAAAGGUCCAGAACUCAAAGGUGGAAAGAUUGAAAUACCAGACAUUGAUGUCUCACUUCCCAAAGGAAAAGUUAAGGGUGGUGUUGAUCUUGAGGGCCCUGAGAUCAAAGGAGGAAAAUUCAAAAUGCCAACAUUUGAUGUUUCUUUACCCAAAGUAAAUCUUCCAGAGGGUGGUGUCAAACUAAAAGGUCCAGAACUUGAGGGACAGGGGAUUGAGAUGCCAGAUGUAGAUAUUUCAUUCCCUAAAGGAAAAGUAGAAGGAAAAAUGGGAAUUGAAGGGAAUGUUGGCAAGGGAGGAAAGUUUCAAAUGCCCUCUGUUGAUCUUUCUCUUCCUAAAAUGAAAACAAAAGGUCCAGAGAUCAAUAUUGAACGUCCUGAUGUUAAAGGUGGGAAAGUCACCAUCCCAAGAGUUGAUGUUUCUCUCCCCAAAGUUGAAGGAGACUUGGAUCUUGAAGGCUCUGAUGUCAAAGGAAGAACGUUCAAAAUCCCAACAUUUGAUGUUUCUUUACCAAAUGUCAGUCUUCCAGAGUGUGGUGUUAAACUAAAAGGUCCAGAACAAAAGGGAGGAAAGAUGGAAAUUCCAGACAUUGACGUCUCACUUCCCAAAGGAAACACUGAAGGGGGUUUUGAUGUUGAAGGCCCUCAUGUCAAAGUUCAAAAUGUUAAAGGAGGAAAGUUUAAAAUGCCAAAAUUUGAUGUUUCUUUACCAAAGGUAAACCUUCCAGAAGGCGAUGUCAAACUAAAAGGUCCAGAACUUGAGGGACGGAAGAUUGAGAUGCCAGACUUAGAUAUUUCACUCCCUAAAGGAAAAGCGGGAGGAGAAAUGACCAAAGGAGGAAAGUUUCAUAUGCCCUCUGUUGAUAUUUUGCUUCCUAAAAUGAAAACAAAAGGUCCAGAGAUAAAUAUUGAAACGCCUGACAUUAAAGGUGGAAAAGUCACCAUCCCAACUGUGGAUGUUUCUCUUCCCAAAGUUGAAGGAGACCUGGAUCUUGGAGGCCCUGAUGUCAAAGGAGCAAAGUUCAAAAUGCCAACAUUUAAUGUUUCUUUACCAAAGGUUAGUCUUCCAGAGGGUGGUGUCAAAGUAAAAGGCCCAGGGCUCAAGGGAAGAAACAUGGGAAUUCCAGACAUCAGUAUCUCACUUCCCAAAGGAAAAGUUGAGGAUGGUGUUGAUCUUCAGGGCCCUGAUGUCAAAGGAGGAAAGUUAAAAAUUCCAUCAUUGGAUGUUUCCUUACCAAAAGUCAACCUUCCAAAGGGUGAUCCCAUUUUGGAAGCACCAAAAUUCAAAGGAAAAAUUGAAAUGCCAAGUGUGGAUAUUUCACUUCCAAAAGGAAAAGUUGAGGGAGAUAUAGACAUUGCAGGCCCUGACGUAAAAGGAGGAAAGUUCAAAUUGCCAACAUUUGAUGUUUCUUUACCAAAAGUCAGUCUUCCAGAGGGUGGUGUCAAAGUAAAAGGCCCAGAGCUCAAGGGAGGAAAGAUAGAAAUUCCAGACGUCGAUGUCUUGCUUCCCAAAGUUGAGGGAGACCUGGAUAUUGAAGUCCCUGAUGUCAAAGGAGGAAAGUUCAAAAUGCCAACGUUAGAUAUUUCUUUACCAAAAGUCAAUCUUCCAGAGGGUGGGGCUAAAAUAAGAGACCCAGAAUUCAGUGGAGGGAAGAUUAACAUGCCAGACUUUGAUAUGUCGCUUCCUCAAGGAAAAGCAGAAGGAGAAAUAGGAAUUGAAGGGCAUAGUGCUAAAGGAGGAAAGUUUCACAUGCCCUUUGUUGAUAUUUCUCUUCCUAAAUCAAAAAUAAAAGGUCCAGGGAUAACUAUUGAAAGUCCUGACGUUAAAGGUACAAAAGUCACCAUGCCAACAGUUGACGUUUCUACUCCCAAAAUUGAGGGGGACCUGGAUAUUGAAGGCCUUGAUGUUAAAGGAGGAAACAUCAAAAUGCCAACAUUAGAUGUUUCUUUACCAAAGCUCAAUCUUCCAGAAGGUGGUGUCAAACUAAAAGGUGCAGAACUCAAAGGAAAGAUGGAAAUUCUAGACGUUGACGUCUCACUUCCAAAAGUUGAGGGAGGUGAAGGCCCUGAUGUCAAAGGAGGCAGGUUUAAAAUGCCCAAACUUGAUGUUUCUUUCCCAAAAGUCAGUCUUCCAGAGGGUGGUGUCAAAUUUAAAGGUCCAACACUCAAGGGAGGAAAGAUGCAAGUUACAGACAUCGAUGUCUCUCGUCCCAAGGGAAACGUUGAGGGUGGUGUUGAACUUGAAGGCCCAGACUUCAAAGGAGGAAAGUUCAAAAUGCCAUCGUUGGAUGUUUCUUUACCAAACGUCAGACUUCCAGAGGGUGGUAUUAAAAUAAAAGCUCAAGAUCUUGGGGGAAGGAAGACUGAUUUGACAGACGUUGAUGUCGCACUUCCCAAAGGAAAAGUAGAAGGAGAAAUGGGAAUUGAAGGACAUUUAAGUAAAGGAGGAAAGUUCCAUAUGCCCUCUGUUGAUAUUUAUAUUCCUAAAAUAAAAACAAAAGGUCCAGAGAUAAAUAUUGAAGGCCCUGAUGGUAAAGGCGGAAAAGUCACAGAACCAACGGUUGAUGUUUCCAUACUAAAAGUCAGUCUUCCGGGGGGGGGUCUUAAACUAAAAGGUCAAGAACUCAAGGGAGGAAAGAUGGAAAUACCAGACAUUGAUGUCUCACUUCCCAAAGCUGAGGGAGAUUUUGAUGUUGUCGGCCCUCGAGUCAAAGGAGGAAAGUUCAAAAUACCAACAUUUGAUGUGUCUUUACCAAAAGUCAAUCUUCCAGAGGGGGGAAUCAAACUAAAAGGUCCAGAACUCAAAGCAGGGAAGAUGGAAAUUCAAGACAUUGAUGUCUCACUUCCCAAAAGAAAAGCUGAGGGUGGUGUUGAACUUAAAGGCGCUGAUGUAAAGGGAGGAAGGUUCAAAAUAUCAACAUUUGAUGUUUCUUUACCAAAAGUCAAUCUUCCAGAAGGGGGAAUCAAACUAAAAGGUCCAGAAUUUGAGGGAGGGAAGAUGGAAAUUCCAGACAUUGAUGUAUCACUUCCCAAAGGAAAAGCUGAGGGUGGUGUUGAACUUAUAGGCCUUGAUGUCAAGGGAGGAAAGUUCAAAAUACCAACAUUUGAUGUUUCUUUACCAAAGGUCAAUCUUCCAGAAGGGGGAAUCAAACUAAAAGGUCCAGAACUCAAGGGAGGGAAGAUGGAAAUUCCAGACAUUGAUGUCUCACUUACAAAAGUUGAGGGAGAUCUUGACAUUGAAGGCUCUGACGUCAAAGGACGAAAGUUCAAAAUGCCAAAGUUGGAUGUUUCUUUACCAAAAGUCAAUCUUCCAGAGGGUGGUGUCAAAUUAAAGUGCCCAGAUUUCGGUGGAGGGAAGAUCGACAUGCCAGACAUUGAUAUGUCACUCCCUAAAGGAAAAUUUGAAGGACAAACGGGGAUUGAAGGGCAUCUUGAUAGAGGAGGAAAGUUUCAUAUGCCCUCUGUUGAUAUUUCUCUUGCUAAAAUGAAAACAACAGGCCCAGAAAUAAAUAUUGAAGGCCCUGACGUCAAAGGUGUAAAACUUACCAUGCCAACAGUUGAUGUUUCUAUUCCCAAAGCUGAGGGAGACCUGGAUAUUGAAGUCCCUGAUGUCAAAGGAGGAAAGUUCAAAAUGCCAACAUUUGAUGUUUCUUUACCAAAAGUCAAUCUUCCAGAAGGUGGCCUCAAACUAAAAGGUCCAGAACUCAAAGGAAAGAUGGAAAUUCCAGACGUUGACGUCUUGCUUCCAAAGGUUGAGGGAGACAUUAACAUUGAAGGCUCUUAUGUCAAAGGAGGUAGGUUUAAAAUGCCCAAACUUGAUGUUUCUUUACCAAAAGUCAGUCUUCCAGAGGGUGGUGUCAAACUAAAGGGUCCAACACUCAAGGGAGGAAAAAUGCAAGUUCCAGACAUCGAUGUCUCUCUUCCCAAAGGAAAAGUUGAGGGUGGUGUUGAACUCGAAGUCUCCGACAUGAAGGGAGGGAAGUUCAAAAUGCCAUCGUUGGAUGUUUCUUUACCAAACAUAAAUCUUCCAGAGGGUGGUAUUACAAUAAAAGGUCCAGACCUUGAGGGAAAGAAGAUUGACAUGCCAGACAUCGAUGUGUCAUUCCCCAAAGACAAAGCAGGAGCAGAAAUAGGAAUUGAAGGAGGAGGGAAGUUUCAUAUGCCCUCUGUUGAUAUUUGUCUUCCCAAAAUGAAAACAAAAGGUCCAGAGAUAGAUAUUGAAUCUCCUGACAUUAAAGGUAGAAAAGUCACCAUGCCAACGGUUGAUGUUUCGCUUCCUAAAAUUAAAUCUCCAGAAGUAGAUGUCAGUUUGGAGGGUCCUGAUGUAAAAGGUGGAAAAGUCACCAUCCCAGCAAUGGCUAGAAUGACAGGAGAAAGUGCAGGUUCAGGUUCUCUCAAACGGGGCACAGUCAAACUUCCAACUGUUGACAUCUCUGCUCCGAAGGUGGAUCUUGACUUUGGCCUCACCAAACCAAAAGGUGACGAUGUGGAAGUGGCGCUUCUAAAAGCAGAGGGAAGCAGGCCUUCUUCUGGGGGAAGUUUUGAUUUGCCUAAUGUCUCUCUCAAAGUCCCCAGUUUUACUCUUCCCAGGUUUAGUGGAAAGUCCAAGGCUGGUCAUUUGGAGGCAUCGGGACAAAGCUGUGAGGGUAACAUUUCUCUCAGAGCGCCAUCCAUGGAGUUGGGUUUGGACAGCAAAGACCAGGGGAAAAAAGCUAAACUCAAAAAGCCCUCCUUUGGAAUAUCUAAAACAGACGCAGAUGUGUCUGUGUCUUGUCCUGAAUUAGAUGUCAAUUUAAAAAAGGGGGGCAUUGACAUUCCGAAACCAGAUACCAAUGUUGACGUGGAAGGGAAAGGUCGUUUCCAUGCACCUGAUAUCACGAUCAAACUCCCAAAGUUCUCCAUGCCAGGAUUUGUUUCAAAAGAUGGAACUUUGGGAAAGCCAAGUAGUGACCGUGAAGCUCAGGCCAAGGCCAAGAUGCCCUCAAUUGAGCUAUCACUUCCUGCCACUAAAACACCAGAAAUGGAGGUUCUUCUCCCCAAAGCAGAGGUGGACGUAUCAGAGGGUGACAUCCGAACCUAUGAGGGAGACCUGAAAAUUCCCAAAAGGCCUGUGAUUGAUGUGUCUGCGCCCAAAGUAGACCUGGCUGUGCCACUUGAGUCCAGUUAUGAGAGAGAAGGAACGAAAUUCAAGGUGCCUGAUUUGGACUUAUCCCGACUGAAAGGAAAAGUCAGCAGAAUGCCGAAAAGCAAAUCUUCAAAGAUUGAAGCAUCAGAAGUUAAACUCAAAAUGCAGUCAAUAGACAUUUCAAUUCCCAAGGCACCAGAUGUUGACCUUCAUGGAGAUGGACGAGUUGACUUUAACACACCACAUGCCAACAUUGACCUACCGGAAGCGACAACAUCAAAGACAGACAUAUCCAUCCCCAAAGACAAAGUUGGUUUGCAUGUGAAGGGAGAGCAUUCAGGUGUGAAACUGAAGAUGCCAAGACUGGACAUCCAGGGUCCAAAAGGAGACCUGGAGCUGGACUUGCGAUUUCGGAGAGGAGAGGCCAAGAUGGAAGUAUCUGAUUUAGAAACCAACAGCAAAGUCAAAGGGCCCAAAGUCAAGGGAACAAAGUUCAAUAUUGGAAUGCCAAAAAAGAAAAAUGGUGGAGGUGUAAAGGUUGAGCAGGACAUUGAGAUUAUUAAGCCUGGAAUCUACGGUCCGACAUCCUCGAGUCACAACGGACACAAAGAGGUAAAUAUUCAUGUCCAAAUGCCAAGUGUUACGUUACCAAGUGUAAGUGUGACCAGCAAACAAGGCUCAGCAGAAUGUGGCCUCCCGUCAUCAUCAAGUACAGUCCCCAGGAUUCCAGACAUAGACUUUGAUAUUGGCACAGCACAGGAUGAAGACGAGGACAAAUUUGGCAAGAAGAUAAAAAUCCCCAAGUUUGGUGUCCCUCUACCUUCUCUGUCCUCCCCAGAAGGGAGGAUGGAGAUAUGUGGCCCGCAGCUCAAAUACGAGGGUCCCAAAGUCCCCAAAGUAAAGAAAGCAGUUUUUGUUUUAGUAAAUCCACCUCAAACCAACGAUGUGACUCUAAAUACAGGUGAUGCCAAGGUAAAGAUUCCAACACUCCAAACAAAGUCCAUAGAAACAUCUGUUGACACACCUGGAAUGUCAGCGUGUGCGAGUUCAUUAAGGUCAGCUGACCUCACGGUCAAGCCGGAAGGUCCAAGUUCAAGGUUCCACUUUGAAAAAGAUUCAAGUCCUCACAAGGGAGCAGCAGCGAGUCCAAAAGUCAAACUUCCAAAGGUGGAAUUCACUUCUCCUUAUGGCAAGAAACCUGCAGGUCACGCCAACUUGGAAAUGACAACCAGACUAGACACACCUUCAUUUUCAGGAGAAGACCCUAAAGGGCUCCAAAUAAAACCUGGCAAGGUUUCAUUUGAAGGUUUCGUUGAGUCGUCCUCAAACAAAGUUGUCUCACAGCACUCCAGAACGGAAAGGUUGGACGGGGACAGCUCAGGAUCGCCAGCUGGUUUUACCAUGGAGUUCAGCUCGACAAAGGUCCGAACCUGGAGUGAGGGAGAUACCAAAGGAGAACCCCAAGGGAGAGAGUCUCCCCCCUGGUUCAAGGUCCCCAAAUUCACCCUGAAACCACACUCUACAGGCUUCCUCCAGAUCACGCCGGAGGGAUCUCCUCGGGCACAGCGGCGAGGGGAGCUGGGAGGCGAGGCCGACGUCUCGGGCUCCUUCUGCCCGCACGCUUCCGACGUCACCGCAAGCGACGUGUCCUCACCGGUGGGAGGAGGCUCGGUUACCAUGGUGACCAAGACCACCAGGACGACACGGCGCGCCACGUCGGCCGUGACGCCAGCGAACGACUCGGCGGUGACCGCUCACCCGCCGUCAGAUCUCUGAGGAGCCGGACAGGGCUGCAAAAUCAAAGUCUUUGUUUUGGGAGAUGCAGACACUCCCCAAAUUACAAACGAGUUACGUUCCACAACACCGUUUGUAACUUUGAGCCUUCGUAAGUCGAUAUUUUGCAAUUUUUCUAUUGUCACUAUGUAUUACUUAGUGCCAGUGCUCUCUCUCUCUCUCGCAUCGUUCGUUUGUUAAAAACUUAAAACUUAAACUCAAGUUUAAUAAUACAUACUGUAAUACAGUACAGUGCUUCGAGAUCUGCUCCAUAUGUAAAAUGCCUUGUAAAGUGAUUUGGCGCUAAAUAAAUCAAAUUAAAUUGCACUGAAUUAAAUUUGAACUUGCCUGUAUACUGUGAAAAACCAUCAAAACGAUUGCGCGAAAAAUGCACCGCAACGUAGCGGAGGUUCACUGCACAAAGAAGGCGUGCUACACAAAAUUCAAACUUCAUUUCUGGGAAGUAACACUCAAGUGUUCCUAUAUCCGAAUGUCAGUCAAUUGAAUGUUCAGAAGUAGAAGAGUGUCUGUAUUCAUGUGAUGAAAAUUCAGCAUUAUUAACAGAGUAAUAUAUAUUUACUUUUUCAUUUUUAAUUGUGCCAUUUCUUUUUUUGUAACUGCGUCUCCAAGUGUUUUAGUGCCGUUUGAGUUAUUUUCAAAACUUAUUGUGAAGCAAUUUAAUUGUCGUUGUAGUUACAUUUGACAGUACUGCCAGAGGAUUAUGUAAAUACAAGUAUGUCCCUUGUGGAGGUAAUUCAUUCAUUAGUAUUAUUAUCAUAUUUUCCGAGAGUAGCAGCGGGAAUGUGUAUGUCACUUUGGUUUGUGUGUCUUUGAGGUUUCUUUGAGAUUGUGACAAAUUUUGUAUUUUUAGCUCGUCAGUCAGGCCGGAAAAAAAUGUUUUUUUCUUCUGCCGUUUGUGUGGAUACUGUAACCGUGCUGCUGUUCUAAUUCAUAUUUCUAUUUUUCAUGCAUCUCAAGCAAGCAAUAUCUUGCAAAUUUGAAAUCUUCACAUAGAUACUAUAUGAACAGAAUUAUCAACUCAACAAACUUUGCGUGAGAUCAGCAGUACAAAAUACAAAUGGCAUAGCUUAUGCGUCAAUAUAGUGUAUAUACACCUCACUCUCAUUUUUACAACAAAAUAGUUUGUCAUAAAGAGUACAAAUAAGAGGUUAGAUUCUGUAAAAUAGAAAACAUCUGACAGCACUACAGCACGUCAGUAAAAUCACAUUUCUUAUGCGAGACAUUUGAGAAUGUAUAUGCAUGUACAUUUCUACUUUGGUUGCUGUGCCUGUUUUGCAGGUGAAAUUAAUUUUAUUUUACAAUUUUUCAAAUGCUGGAUAGAGUAUACGUAAGUACACACCGAGCUGUUUGACUUUUGUGGUUUGAACGUGUUUGUGUAAGUGCUAAAUGUUGUGUUGUCACAACUGCAUUGGAAAGAUUGUUGGUGAAGAUAUUGCAUAAAUAAAAUAAAAUAUUUACACAUCA